GUGUUUUUUUUGUGUUGCAUUAUACACAUCUCCGUAAAUACUGAAAAAUAAAAACAGCUGAUUAUGUAAAUCAGUUUUGUCAAUAUAUAGUUGUCAAACUAGCAGUUGCGCGCAUUUACUCUGACAGCGUCUGAAAGGAUGGCAUAUAAAACACAUUUAAUCAAGUUUCUUGUAAAGUUUUAGUUAAAUAGUGAAUUUGUUUAAUAAGUGCAAUACAAUAAUGAAAACAUGUAUACUUUGUAAGUCCAAAGAAAAGGAUGAUAUUCGAUAUGGCGAAUUUUUGACAAAAAAAGAUGUAGGCGUUCAUACAUAUUGUUUGUAUCUUUCAUCAAAUCUCUGUCAAAGUGGCAAAGAUAAUGAAGGCUUUUUAGGCUUUCUAUUAAGUGAUAUAAGAAAUGAAGUUAAACGCAUAAGUGCCGUGAAAUGUUGCUAUUGUAGGGGCUACUACGCAAACAUUGGGUGUUGCCAUAAAAAAUGUCGCCAUACAUUUCAUUUGGUGUGCGGUGUACAGAAAGGAGCACAAAAUGAAUUUUGUGAUACUUUUAGAUCGUUCUGCUCAUCGCAUGUAAGGAAAGUGCGUUAUCAUCCAGGAGAUAAUGAUGUGUGCCUAAUUUGCUUAGAGAACUUAAUUACACCAUUAAAGCGUUUUGAUCCAGUUAAUAUGCUGCGUGCACCUUGUUGUCAGAAUGGUUGGUUUCAUAAAUACUGCUUGCAGAAGUGUGCCAAAAUGUCUGGUUAUUUUUUUAAAUGUCCGCUUUGUAAUGAUACGGAAAAGAUUAAAUCGAACUUAAAAAAAAUGGGUGUUUUUAUACCAGAUCAAGAUGCAGCAUGGGAACUGGAGCCAGGCGCAUUUCAGGAUCUCUUAGAAAGACCUCGUACUUGUCAGGCCAUAACCUGUGUAAAUAAAUCGGGAAGAAAUAAUGAAUCAGACAGAAAUCCUUUAAAAAUAUGCAUUACCUGUGGAUCAGUGGCAAUUCAUCAAAAUUGUAUGCGGUGUAAUACGGAAAACUUUCAAUGUGACGAAUGUAUUCAAAUUGUUGGAAAAAGUGUGAAGAAGAGCAACCAAAUUUACGAUGAAAAUUCAGAUGUGGAGGUCUGUGUUACAGAAGAUUCUAAUGAUAACGAUAUUCCAAUGAGUAUUAAAUUUAAAAAUGAAAUUAAUAAAUCUCUUGAAACUCAAACAUGUCAUUUAAAUAAUGAACUGGUCAAAUCUGACGGAGAUGAAAAAAUAAUAGCGCCAAUGAAGAGAAAAAAAUUUCAUGUUAUUACUGAUGAUCUCAAUAAUGUAAUUAACGAUGAUAAAGGUGUUUCUUCCUCAAGUGAAGAAGAUUUAAUUACAUCAUUUGUUCGCAAAAGAAAUGUUAUUUGUUCUGAUGAAAGUAGCUGCAGCACACCACAAAAGAAAACAAGGAGGCAAUCAACCACAGUUACUAAUUCCAGAACUGAUGAGAGUGAUAAUGAAAUUAGGAAUCCAUUAAGUAUUCCUAGCUUAUUUUCAUCAGAUGAGGAAGAAGAAAUAAUUAUGCCAAUGAAAAGAAACAAAUUUCAUGUUAUUACUGAUGAUCAAGACUUUUCAUCUUCAAGCGAAGAAGAUAUAAUUACAUCAUUUAUUGACAAAAAAAAUGUUAUUCGUUCUGAUGAAAGUAGCUGUAGCACACCACAAAAGAAAAAAAAGAGCCAAUCAACCAGAGUUGUCAAUUCCAGUACUGAUAGUGAUAAUGACAAUGAAACUAUAGAUCCAUUGAGUCUUUCAAUAUCUUCCUAUUCUCGUCACCGCAAAAAGCAACACAUUAAACAUACGCCGCCUUUAGCACAACUAGUAAAUAUUGCUAAUGGUCAAUCAGCUUCUAAAUUAAUGUUAAUGCGGAGUGUUGAUAACACAAACAAACCUGGUAAUAAAAAAGAAAGUCAUGGAAAAUAUAUUGUUACUCCAUUGCAACAAAAGCUUGAAUUUGAAAACACCACAAACACAUCUUCAUAUUUAAGUGAGAUAAAAAAGCUUUCAGUUUCUCUAAAAAACGUUGAACAUAAUAUUUGCAGAUUGCCACAAAAAUCAAGUACAGAUUGCAAAACAAAUAAGGAAAAUAUAGAAUAUAUUGAUCAAGCAUGUUUUCAGGAAAACAAGCUAAAUUCCACGCCAACAAAAAUAAACUUUACUGAUCACCAAGUAUGUAAUUGCAGUAAAAAUAAAACAGAAUUUACUUCUACUCAAGAAAAUGCAAGCAUAUUAAAAUCAAUGUUAAAAUUUAAAAAUGUAACAGUUCGUUUACCGCGUUUAUUGGAAAGUAUACAAAAGACUGAUGGUUCCAAAGAAAGCAAUAAUUCGUCAAGUUAUUGCUGCUCUGAAGAGACCAAAAACACUGAUUCAUCCAACAAUAAUACGAGUAACAAAGGCAUUCCAAUUCAGACGAGUAAUACAGUAAGACAAUUACGAUUGAGAUCAGUGUGUGUGAAAAGGGUUACUGAAUUACAUAAAGAUGAGAAUUAUACCCGAAAAUCUUUUGAUAACUCUGCUUUGACAAGAAAUUCAGAACAAAGUAACAGUAAAGCAGAGAAAGUAUCUAAAAAUGUACACAAUUGUUUUCAAGAUAAUAUUAAUAUGAAUUGCAAAAAAACACGUACAAGACGUUCAACUUCAAAAAGUGCUCCAAUAUCUCGAAGUGAUGGUGAUGAGCAUGAAUUAUUUCUUUUUGAAACAAGUUGCAUUGCAAAUCGAACACGAAGAAAAUCAUGUGUUAUAAAAGAUAAAGCUGAUUCAAAGAUUUAUGAUGAAUUUGAACCAAAUAGCAGUAGGACUAGCAAGGAGAAUAACUUUUCUACUUCAGAAACGGAGAGUUUUAAAAGCAAUAAUUAUUCUUUAAAAUUUUGUAAUAUUAAAAUAGAUAAUCAAACAAUAAAUAAACACGUAAAUGAUUAUCAAAUUAAACAUAACAGAAAUAUAACUACAGAAAAAGCAGUUCGCUUACAAUUCUAUACUGAACUAGAUGCAUAUAUGAUGCCAAAAUUUAGACGAGUAAAUGAAGCACUAAAAAAGUGAUUUAACAUUAACCUGGUUAAGUCCAAGUCCUAAGUGAUUAAGUCCAAAUUCAAAUUUCAACAACAACAAAUGCAAUUAAAUAUCAUGGGAGUAGAAGAAAUUAAGUGCUACUUUUGAGAGACAUAUUUUCGGUACUGGAAUUGGAAAUCAUUCUUAAAUUUUUUACAAAAUAUAAUAAUUGAGAGCUUUUGUAUUCAAAAGUUGUUGUAUAUACUUUUUAGUUAUUUUAAAAUAAGAAA